CUUCAUUCACAAAACCACAGAACACUCAGUAGUUCCGCGUUGGCUCACAAGUCUGGAUUACUACUUCAUACUCACAACUUAACCACAUGCAUUUACCCACAGAAUUGAACGGUCUGUCGCCGUUCCCCGACUCCCCUCAGAAUAUGACUGAGUUGGUAGCGGGGGAGAGGUCCCUGAGCUCUGUGUUGAGUGACCACCCGGGCGAACUUGUGAGGACGGGCAGCCCAAACUUCGUCUGCUCUGUCCUACCGUCUCACUGGCGUUCCAAUAAGACAUUACCAGUCUCCUUCAAAGUCGUGUCCCUGGGAGAAGUUAAGGAUGGCACCAAAGUCACUAUCAUGGCUGGAAACGAUGAGAAUUUCUGCGCCGAGCUUAGGAAUUGUACUGCCUACAUGAAAAACCAAGUGGCGAAAUUCAACGACUUACGAUUUGUUGGGAGGAGUGGCAGAGGUAAAAGCUUUAACCUGACGAUCCAGGUGAGCUCAAACCCGCCUCAGAUGGCCACUUACCAGAAAGCUAUCAAAGUCACAGUGGAUGGACCUAGAGAACCCAGAAGUAAGAUAAAAUUACGUACAGACGAUCGUCGUAUCCACCAUCGUAUAAGCCCCCUGGACCAUCUCCCAUUGGAGCGGGGUUUGGUGGAUGUCCAGUUAGAAAGACGUUACACUCACAGCCUGGCAGAGUUGGAGCAUCUUCGUCGCUCCACCUCCCACUCCACAGACCCAGUGUCAUUAGUUCACAGUCACGGCCAUGAGACUAACGGCUUCAGGUCAGCCUCAGAUGGCUUAAACCAGAGAUUAGAUACCACAGGCCGAUCUCAGUGGGGUGUUUAUGACAAUCUUAGUGUGCCUUUUACAAAGGAAGCCCCCACCCCACCAUCCACCCAACUCCCACAAUUCACACAGACACAGUCCCACCCAAUUCAUCCAAACACAGCACCCACCAUUCAUCGUAUUAGCCCUCCAUCUAUGGAAUCUCAUUUAGCUGACCAGCGCCUCACCAUCAUGCCAACAACAGCUGACUUGUCAGCCAUCACCACCACUCAGAGUGAUGUCUCCUCUCUAGACAGAAGACUUCCACUUUUACCUGAUGCCCAAAGACUUGAUUAUUCAUCCGUGGACUCACGGUUCUCAGUGGAUUCCCAGCGAAUGAAUUUAGAACCCAGAUUACCAAUUGUGUUGCCGCGUUACCAAGGACUGUCCAGCCUAAGAUUCACUGAUCAUCCAAUUUCAGAGUCGCGCUACACGGAGCCCCGGCACAUCCUUCCCCCACCCCCACCCCCUGCAGCAGCCUCUCACAGCCUCACCUAUCCAACCAGUCGCUCAAAUUUAGAAAUCUUAGAGGAGAGUCGUGCGAUUUCCACGCUCCCAUUGGGAGUUUCUCAUAGUAACUAUCCAGUGAUAUCACCUCAUGACAUCUUUAGCUCGAUGAACCCUCCCACGACCAUGCCCUCGUACAUCAGCAGUUCACAGGCUGGGGUGCUGCCCCCGACCUUUCUAUACCCCCAUCUUUACUCCACAGCCCCACAGUACCAAACCAGUUUGUACCUACCCUCCGGGGAGGUGAGGACUUACGAAAUCCUUGGGCAGAGAUCUGGGGACCUGCCCGUCCGUAUGGACACCCGGCCAGGUCUUAUGUCCCCGUCACGCAUGGCUCUGGAGGCUCCAACAGGUCGAGAGGAAGAAAAUAACAACAGGACUCUGCCAAGCCACAUUGGUGCAGCCCAAGACAGUAUUCACCCACAGGACUUGGGCAGUUUGCGGACUGCCGACCCUUGUGUAGUCGUGCCCACAACAGAAACUCACUUGCCCCCAAGGCCGGUAGUUUCCCGUCACGAUUCCGCAGACACAGGUCCUGUGUGGCGGCCAUAUUGACAUGAGGGUCUCAGUGUUUGUGACAGCUUAAUUUAGCAGCUUACAAAACUGUUCAUAUCUGACUGAAACUUUUAAAUUUGUUUCGGUAUGGAGGUAUCUCAUCCAACUAAGCAGUGCUUGUCUUACUUUGUAUACAAACCUUUCACUGCUUUCUCAAACAUUUUGCCCUCUCCAAGGCUGUGUGAAUGGAUUGAUAUGAAUAAAGAUAUGUCAUUGAGGGUACAAAUAUCAAACCUCUUUUUGUGUUAUAUCGUCAAUAUUUUUUAUUUCCAUUUGUGAGACAUCAAGCAGAAAGAUCCAUUUCAUAUUUUAAAAACAGCAUACAGUGUAAAGAGAAUUUUUUUUGUCCUUACAUACACAAUUUUAUCCAUUUAUGACCAUGUUUGUGUAGUAUGUCCAUGAUUGCAUGCUGAAAUAUUCAGCUGAUAUUAAAAAUCAAGUCAUUUUUAUUGCUUGGAGAGACUUUUUGUCCACAUUUUUUACAUUUUGAUCGUAUUAGAAGGAGGGACCUUGUGAGAUUUACUUUGCAAUCCCAGUUUAUACACAGUUCUAUAUGUGAGCUGUAUUUUUUUUUUUUUGAAUUUUUGAAGGAAGUUUGUAGAAGUGGACAAUGAGUCCACAAUUUUUGUAUUUCAGUGAUCUGAAGAAACUAUAUCAAAUUGUUGGAUAAGAUUUCCAUUCCUGGAAACAUAUAGACGUCAAUAUUGUUUGUUAUUUAUUUUUUUCUGCAUAUUGCUGAUAGCAUAAUUUUUGACUUUAUUUUAAGAAAGGGGGUAAAAUGUUUUUAGAAUGUGUAGAUAUUUUUGUGCCUUUUUUCACCCAAGGACCGUAGUUGUACACACACAAUGUCCAAGUGGUGGGCUGUGAUUGGGUCAGACAGACUGAAUGAAUUUCAUGGCAUUCCACAAUUGCUGGAGUAUGUCUUGAAAAAAAAGUGCUCAAAAUUCUCAUGGUCGACUUGGUGAUUUUAUGUCACAGCAACAAAAAUGUUUCUUCAUGUUUAUUGUACCAUGACCAAUCCAGCAUAAAAGUGAAUAAUAUUUAUACAUGGGU